CUUGUUGCAGUCUUUUCUUUUUCAGGUGUCUCUUGACAUCAAGUGAAAUCCAAAGGAAAACAAAAGAAAAGCCUGCUAAUUUCUCUUCUUUAGCUCUAUAUAUCUCUCUCUUUCUCUUCAUCUCUUGUUGCCGUAGCCUUGCACUGUCUCCAAACUUUUCCUUGUGUGAGCUCCUCACUCUCUGUGGACUGACAAUGGUGCCAGCUCUUUCUUUUGUUGUAGUUAAUGGCCAACAAGGGAGAAACAUCUCGCCCAGACUUGGAAAAAGGACCAAAUCCUUGCUCCAAUGGCGAAGAGGAAAGUGAGGAAAGCCACAACAGUUCUUCAGACGCUGAAGAACAAUCUUGGCAUUCACCAUAUAACACAAAGGUCACAGGUUCACAUUAUGAUCAGUUCCGGGUCUCCAAUGUCUCCAGCCAUGAUACUGAUCCACCGCCGGAGACCUGCAGAAACUCCUGCUUCUCUGAGUGCUCUCUUGAGGUUGAUCUGGAAGAUUGCCCUGCAUCAGAAAUUAAAGUGAAUUUGGCCAAAGUUGAUGAGAAGGAUUGUCGGAUUUGUCAACUUGGUUUGCAGAGUGCUUCUCACGAAUCAGGCAUUGCAAUUGAGUUGGGUUGUUCUUGCAAGGAUGAUUUGGCUGCUGCUCAUAAGCAAUGUGCUGAGACUUGGUUUAAAAUCAAGGGAAAUAAGACUUGCGAAAUAUGUGGCUCGAUUGCAAAAAAUGUUAUUGGUACUGGUGAAGCCGAGUUCAUCGAGCAGUGGAAUGAGACUAACAAUGCAGCUCCAGCAGCAUCGCCAGCAAGCGAAACCAGAACCUUUUGGCGUGGUCACCGUUUCCUCAAUUUCUUGCUCGCUUGCAUGGUGUUCGCCUUCGUCAUCUCCUGGCUCUUUCACUUCAAUGUACCAGGCUGAAUCGGACUUUGUUUUGAAGGGGCUCGAUUAGUAGAGAAACAUGCAAUGUUCGAUUGUUUUUACAAUGUAAAGCUCUGCUUGAGUUCCUUUUAGGAAUUCUAUGGCCAUCAAGAUCCUUCGAUUUUACAUCUGCAUUGUGAACUAUAAUUCUAUUCUAGUUGAAGAUGUUGUCGACUUUUUUA